UGCUGACUGAAGGUGAAGGACCUCCUCAUCAAAUACACAUAGAGACAUAGUAGGCAGCUGCAAAUUGACGCCAAAGCUGCAAGAAAAGAAAAUGGUGAAAUACUUGCUUAAGAUCACCGCCGACCUCGAGAACCUUACGGACCUUCAGCCCCAAGGGGGUUGCGACGACCCCAACUUCUCAUACCUCUUCAAGUUGAAGUGCGGAAGAUGUGGAGAGGUGAGCCAGAAAGAAACUUGUGUUAGCUGUAACGAGACUGUUCCUCUUCCGGUGGGCAAUGGAACCACUAAUCUCAUCCAGAAGUGCAAGUUUUGUGGGAGAGACGGAACUAUAACGAUGCUUCCAGGCCAUGGUCUGCCACUAUCCCAGGAAAUAAGUCAAGCAGGGAAGUAUUCUCCCUUAAUGACAUUUGAUUGCAGGGGCUUUGAACCCGUGGACUAUGUUUUCUGUGGCGGAUGGAAGGUUCUAUCUACGGAGGGAACAACAUUUGAAGAUGUCGACUUGUCAGGAGGGGAGUUUGCUGAAUAUUGCGAGAAGGGAGAGUGCCCAGUUAUGAUUUCCAACCUCCGUGCUAUAUUCGAAGUGGUGAAGUAGAGACUCGUUAGUCAUGCAUAAAAUUCCUCUCGGUGUAUAAAAACAACUGUUUCCCUGUGAAUUAGACGAUAGUACUUCUUGACCAUAGUAUACGCCCUGGCUAUGGAUGAUGGAACCAUCCAUAUAUGGUUUGACUUGCAGCUACUUUUCUGCUAAUUUACUAUGUUCAUAGACAAACUUACUAUAGCUUUCGUUUUCAUUGUUUUCCAAGUGUAGGGAUUUAGAAUCUAUCUUGAUUAUUUUUGUUCAAAUAUAUGUGGGUCAAUGGGAUUGGUUGAGAAGUAUUAUUUCCAAAUAUGGUAAUUAGGGUGAUAAAUUCAUGUCGUGGAAAGUUUUCUGA